GCUCCCUCUCCUCCACCUGCUGGUCAGAGACUGAUUUGCGCGCUGCGGCAACCGUGUAUCUGUAGACGACCACUCCUUGUAUCUGUCCCUUCCUGUCGUUGUGUUAUUUAAGGUCAUGUGCACUGCACCACCUAUAUCGUAUUCAAGUCUUCCCCGAUCGUUGGGGAUGCAGGUCCCCUCUCUAAAAGGCUUCAAUAUUCCGCAGUUGGAACAGAGCCCCUCCAUGAUUCCUAUCGGGCUGCACUCUUCAACAGAGAUUGUGGACAUUUCCCGUCCAUCACUAUCUCGGAUCAAUACUGACACUGUUCGCGAACAAAUGGUGCGACAAGACGCAACAGCUCGAGCUAUAGGUCAUAGGCAUUCUCGCUCUCUUGACGUCCCCUCACAGCCUGUCUCCGUCUCUGCAACCGAUUGCUUGAACAGUGCUGCUAGUGAUUCAUUUUUACUGCCAUGGUCUGCCGAAAGCAAGCCAUCGCAUGAGCUCCCUGUAUCCCCCUUGCUCGGACCGUACAUCUCUCAGUCAUCUAGGAAGAACUCUGCUUCGGCAUCUGCUACGUCUCCCCUCCCGCCAUUUAUGCCCACAUUACCUCCGUUCGCUUCCAGUAUAACUCCGCCUUCGCCCGUCUUUGAUUCAUCCGAAGACUCCGAGGCAGACGUGGAUUCAGAGGACAUAUGGGACUUAGUCCCUUACGAUAUUUCUUGGGGCUCAGCCUACUACGGAUAUAAAGAUGGGACACUUCCAGGACCGGAGGGGCAGUGCAUCUUCUUACGCUCGCCGACUCCCCUAAAGUACCAGCGAACAGGACAAGCUUGCGAAAAAUGUCGCGAACGAAAGGCAAAGUGCAGUGGAUCUCGACCUUCUUGUGCACGUUGUACGAUGCGCGGUCUUGAGUGCAUCUAUGCACCAGACCCAAAGCGUGCAAAAUCAGAGGACAUAAAAAGCGAAAGCGAAGUGGGUGCUAGUGUCGCUGAUCCCCAUCCCGCUCCUUCCAGCCCGGCCGGUCAUUUCGAAGUUUCGAACCAGGGGCGGAUUCGAAGAAACACUGAUUGUGGUUCACACGGCGCACAAGUACAUACCCAAAGUAGUCGCGUUGCUUUGAGGAGAAGACAUAGCACGAUUGGUUUAUCGGUAUCAGCGCCGCUCAUCUCUAGAGGUCUUGGAUUUCGGGCGUCCCGAGAACCCCGACUUGCUAGACGCAUCUCUAGAAAUAGUAGUGGAGCAGGGUUUCUAGGUGGCUCGCUGGAUCCCUUGAUAGCCUUUCCCAGAGAUAGCACGGAGGACGAUGAUCUAUCUGUUUCCGAAAGCAACCGGUUGUCUUAUCACUCUCUUCUUCAGGACCCGGGUUCAGUCCCGGCGGAGUCCUUCCACACUUCCAAAUUGGACUGCGGGGAAGGCAUUGACGCCUCUCAUGUGUUUUUACAACAGCAACCUACGCAUUAUGACGGAUGGGAUGCACGACCGUUUAGUCGCGAUUGCUUAGGCUCAACUGACCGUUCUCCAAGCCUGGGAUCUCUUCCCACCGAUGUUCAAGAGGACCGUCAAAGCUGUCCUGAUUCCCUAUCACCCAUCACGAGCAACAAUUCAAUCGUGAUGUAUAAUGAUGGAUUCACUCACGCGGGUGCAGCUGAAAGCUCGCAGUUGCGUGACACUGUUUCGUCAAGCAACGAGGGCUUGAUGGACUCAAGCGCUGCAGAGGGCGACUACGACAUGUCAGACAUGGCUCACUUCGGCUUGAUGUUUGGCGGUGAAAAUGCUCACUGGUCAUACGAUCCAUCCGUCCAACAGAAGCUCGAGACAGUAAACUUCCCUAUGGAGACAGAUGCCCCUCAUAUUGCUAUUCUUAGCUACUCCCCUGAUUUUUAUCACUUCAAUUAUAACGACGACGCUGCGGCGUGGGUCCCCUCGGAUUAUUGUUAAUGGUGUAUUUUGGAUGGAUAAAUAAAUGUUUCUUUAGAUGCGUACAUUGCUUUCUUUUCGUUCUUGCUUUCUACCUGGACAAUGGAGGACUUAUAAUUUUUGGGACUUUAUCUAUUCUUCGGAGCAAAUUUAUAUUUUUUUCGCCUUCGCUUUCUCUUGUGGAUGCUCUUGACUCAUUUUUUUUAUAUUUCGAUUACUCUUAUUUGCUAUGAUAUUUUUGAUCGAGCAUCCCUUUGUGAAUUAUAACACCCG